AUGAGCCAAUCUUUUAUAAAGUUUGAUCAUAUUAUUGAUAUUAGCAUUCCAUUUCCGACAGAACAGCUUGCAUCUCAGGUGGCAGCUGUUUUGUCUGUUGAUUUGGAAUUGAAGAAGCAUUUGGUAUAUAGAGAAAUAAGAGUAGAUGGGCUUUAUUUUUCUGUAGUGUUUCAGAGCAAUGAUUUAAAAGUCUUACGUGUCUCUGUAGAUUCAUUUUUAGAUAAUAUUAUUUUAAUAAUUCGUACAGUAAAUGAAUGUGGGGAUUUGUAGUUUGGUAAGAAUAUGUUGUAUUUAUUAUAGGAGUUUUUGAUGUGCAAUCAGUUUGUUUGAGAUUGUUUAGAAACGGAAAAUAGAUGGGAAUUUGUAAAAAUUUAUAAUUUUUUCUUUUGGAUAUCUUAAGUUGUUGGA